AUGUAUCAAGAUGAUCCCCUGGAUACUGACAUUGGAAUUUCUGAUAGAAUGAGAGAAUGGAUUGCAAAUCCAUACACUGUUCCCUCUCUCACUGUUGAUACUGAUGAAGGAGGCGCUGAUGGUAUCCAUGCAGAUCCUGCUGGUCAAGAAGGUGAACCACAUGACGGUGGUCAAUUCUCUCCUCAACUUUCUCAUCAUAUCGUCUCUAAUACUGAGAAACUAAAGGAAGUUCUCCUGCAUUCUCCUCCCUUCAGUCCCCAAUCUGAUGAUGCUAAAAAAGGGAGAGAUACUGAUGAUGAUGCUGAUGCUGAUGAUAAUGCUGAUGAUGAACCAAAUGAGAGAAACACCGAACCUCUUGACAACACCAUUGUUCAGCCUGAAUCACCAAAGCCAAUGCAUGAGUCUGACUCUGCGGGGCCUAAUAGUCCAGCAGCGACUGAAAAGCUGGUUGAAGAUAGUGAGCAUGAUGAUGAACCAGAUGAUGAAUGUCAAAUACUGGAUAUGAACUUCAUUAAUCCUCUUAUUCCAGUUCAAGAAGAAAGUUCAGAUGAUCUUGAUAAUGAAUCUCAAAGGUCAGACAUGAAAUUAGUCGAUUCUGUUGCUGAUCCCAUUUUUCCGGUCCAAGGAGAAGAUUCAGACUUUGCCAGUGAAAAAUCUCAUCGGCUAUCUCAAAAGCGUAAGGUAGCAGAUACUGACUUGGCUCAUUCUCAAACUAAUACUUCUUUGCCUGCCAAGAAACCCAAGUCCAUAGUCACUAAUCAAGCACAGCUUCUAAAGAAUAUUGCUCAAGAUGAUGAAACUCUUAUUCAGCACAAACAUCAGGCCAAAGGAUCUUUUGAAGCUCAGAUGUAG